AUGGCUGAAGUACGUUCGGCGUCGAAAAGUUCGGAGAAGAACGGAGCUCCCACCGAGCAGAUGAUGACUGUUGCGAUGCCGAGGUCGAGGGGUGGAUACCACAAAGAGCUUGGUCGGGCAGAUGGGAGCCGUGGAUUGACGAGACUGGGUGUUUAG